CGGCGUAAAAAAGUGGUAAAGAAGGACUUCAGAUUCUGGAAUACGAUUGUUGAGCGCAUAUGCAACUAUCGUGAGGUGUACACACUUGCCACGUGCAAUCACCCAAACAUUGUGAAGUUCGUUGGAGCUGGUCCAAAUACGCGGGUGGCCGACGUUCGAUAUGUUGUGAUGGAGCGGGCAACAGAUACAUCCUUGAAGGAUCUUAUAUAUUCGAGAAUUGAGUACGGCAUUUGGCAUGUGAUGCUGUGGACACUGCAUCUGGCAGAUGGACUGGAUUAUCUGCACUCUCGUGAUGAGCAAAUUAUUCAUCGCGACUUGAAACCCGCAAACAUGCUGCUGUUUGACAGGUGCACCACCCUCAAAAUAAGCGACUUUGGUACCUCGAAGAUAUUUGAAGCGGGCAAGGAGGACUUGCAAUCAGUGAACCAGGGCUCGCUUUUGUACAUGGCACCGGAGGUGCAACAACGUGAGUUUUGGCACCUUCUCUUCUUGGUGAUGCAGGAGGCAGUGGAUAGGAAGUGUGGUUUGUGUUAUUGUGGUGUGUGGUAUUAUCUUGAUGUGAGUUAUGGUGGUGAAUAUGCGAAAGAUAAAUUUUAUGCUUGCUACACGAAGGCGGUGGACGUUUACAGCAUGAUGGUGUCAGUUUGGGAAAUGCUGACACGAAGAUUGGAUGUGGAUGUAAAUCCUCGCACUGUGACGAUUAGUUCGUGUCCACCGUUUCUGGAGCGGCUCUUGACUCGUGGAACAGCAGUGGACCCGUGUGAACGACCAUUAGCAUCGGAGGUAGUUUGUCUGUUCGAUUCCAUAAUGCGUUACGUAUGCAAAAAGGCGACAUCGGAGCUCUACAUAGACUUUGAAGACGAUACCGUUCGUAGUGUUUCUCCGACGACUGAAACCUGCACCGAAGCUGCUACUGGAUGCAUUCGCGAGAGCGAAUUAGACACCUCGUUUCCGAAUUUUGAAAUUGUCGAUUGUCUGCAAGAGGUAGGAAUUGUUUGUGUGGUAUAG